UAAGAAGUAAGCCGGUGCGUUUAGGCUUUACUCAGUUUCUUCUCAGGCCUGAGAGAGCCUUCCUUUCCAAUCGGACACUACGACAAACCACAACGUCAUGAGAAGAGUAAUUUAUAAGUACACGUUUUUGGUGUGCGUACUCGUCGCCCUCGUUCAUGGGCAAGAAAAUGUAGAAGUCGAAAGGGUGACAGACGUUUAUGGCCUUUCCGAAGGACCUCAUUGGGACCACCGUACUCAAAAAUUGUAUUUCGUUGAUGUAUACAAUCAAUACAUUCGCAGAUUAGAUCCUGCGACAGGUGUUGUGACUAGUGCACGCAUAAAUGAAGGCACUGUUGGAGUCGUAAUACCUGUGGAGGAUACUAUUGAUCAACUGAUAGCAGGUGUGGGGAAAGAUGUUGUUCUUGUUACAUGGGACGGAGACGAAGAUGAAUCGGAAGUACCAGUCAAAGUGUUGUGCUCCCUUGAUUCCGAGCAGGCGCAAACAAGAACCAAUGAUGGAAAGGUUGAUUCAUCCGGAAGACUUUGGAUCGGUACUAUGGGUAUAGAAACCAAGGGAAUGGUUCUUCCUAAUCAGGGAACGUUAUAUCGCGUUGAUGACGAUCUUAAACCUGAAAAAGAAGAAUCACCCGUUUCAAUAAGUAAUGGAUUAGCGUGGAAUAUGGAAGAUAAUACCUUUUAUUAUAUUGACUCACCCACGCGACAAGUCGCAGCGUACGAUUAUCAACCGUAUAAUGGGAUGAUUUGUAACAAGAGGAUUGUAUUUGACCUUAACACAACAAACUUCCAAGGAGUACCUGACGGAAUGACUAUAGAUGCAGAUGGUAAUCUUUGGAUAGCACUAUUUGGUGGACAUCAUGUCAUCCAGGUGGAUCCGAAAACAGGAAAAGUUUUAAGUAAAGUUAAGCUUCCAGCUGAAAACGUAUCCAGUGUUACAUUCGGCGGUUCGCUCCUUGACAUCCUAUACGUAACUACAUCGGGCCACAAUCUAAGUUCAGAACAACGAAAAGCGACUCCUUAUGCCGGUGCGGUAUUUGCGGUGAAAGGCUUAGGAGUUCGCGGAAUUCUCGCAAAUUCAUUUGUGAUGGACUAAAAGCAAACUAAAUGAUUAAUCAAAAAAUCAACAUGAAAACUUUGAAUUAUAAUUAUAUAUUACUUGUGAAAAUUUAUAUGUUCAAUUUAUAUAUUCUUCGUAUAUAUUCUUAAAUUUUAUAUUGUUGAAUAAAAAUGUUUGAACAUACUGUUGGAAAAUAUUCCUUUAGCAUUAGAAAUUGCACAACCAGUCUUUUGAUAGCUAUCACAAAUAAUUAUUGUUAUUUUAUUGUCAUAUAACUUUAUGAUCUAAAAUAUGUAAAAAAAUAGAA